AUGGAGAGCCUAGUAGCAGCAGUCACACGCAAUGGCUGGCAGAGAACCUCUGAACCCGUAUGCUAUCCAGAGAGGUCUAAGGGGAAGUGGCGGCUACGGCUCAUGUUCACAAGCCGGAAAGGAGACAGGGCAACGAAGAAGUACGGCCCCUUGUGCAACACAGAGCAGGAAGCGCUUUGUGGCAGCCUUGCCUUCAGGUACAGCUGGGAGGGCAGCCAACGUGGUCAGCCCUGCGAGGUCAGCAAGGAGAAUCUAGUCCCACCUGUUGCAGCGGGUACUACGCUUCCAGCAGGCAAGUCGUGA